GAUUCCAGGUUUCCAUUCUGUAAUAGUAUGGAAUCCCUCACUUGCUCCCUCGCCAUAGGAUUUGGGAUUUUCCUCUUCUUCUUCUUCUUUAAACUGAGGAGGGAUGUCAGCAAGCCUCCAGGACCACGUCCAUGGCCUGUUAUAGGAAGCCUCCAUCUCUUGGGAAACCUUCCUCAUCAAUCUCUCACAACGCUGGCAAAGAAAUAUGGCUCCAUUAUGUUUCUCCGUUUGGGCUCCAUCCCUACUAUUGUGGUGUCUUCUCCUGCCAUGGCGAAAGAAUUUCUCAAAACGCAUGAUUUGGCCUUUGCAAACAGACCAUACAGUACACACGGGAGAUACGUAGCCUAUGAUCAUAAAGACGUCGCUUUUGGGCCCUAUGGAGCGUCGUGGAGGCAGAUGAGAAAGCUGAUGACAGUGGAGCUGCUCACAGUGAGCAGAAACGAUUCCUUCAGAUUUGUGACAGAGGAAGAAGUGUCUGCCAUGAUCGCCUCCAUCUGGCAGGAAAGCGGCCACGGAGCGCAGUUUGUGGAUGUAAAGAAGAGAAUCUCCUCCCUUACUCAAAAUGUUGUCUGCAGAAUGUUGCCAGCAGGACGUAUUCCGACAACGACUUGAAUGGAGCGCAUGGCUUCAAAAAAAUGGUUGAAGAGAUGUUUGCUGUGGCCGGUGUAUUUCCAAUUGGCGAAUAUAUUCCUUCUCUCGACUGGAUCGACUUGCAAGGACUCCGUCGUCGCAUGAAGGCCGUUCACAAAGCAUUCGACGGAUUUGCAAGGACUCCGUCAUCGCAUGAAGGCCGUUCACAUUGAUCGUAGAUCGGGAGAAACAAACCCCGAGUAAGGAGACCGCGUUAAAGACAUGGUAGACGUGAUGCUCAGCAUGGCCGAGACGGAGGGCCACACAAUCUCACGGGUCGACAUCAAAGUCAUGAUUAUGGAUAUGUUAAACGCAGGAAUGGAAACAUCGGUGACAUUGAUAGAGUGGGCGAUGAGUGAAUUGCUGAGGAAUCCUGCAACGCUGGCACGAGCGCAGCAGGAGAUUGAAUCAGCAGUGAGCAGAGAGCGCAGAGUAAAGGAGAGUGACGUCAUAAGCUUCGAGUACUUGCGAUGCGUGGUGAAGGAAACUCUUCGACUUCACCCGCCAGUUCCGCUGCUCGUUCCGCACGAGUCCAUGGAAGGGUGCAGCGUUGAAGGAUAUUUCAUUCCACCAAAGACGAGGCUGUUUGUGAAUGUGUGGACGAUUGGAAGGGAUGAAAACGUUUGGGUAGAUGCUCAUCAGUUUAAGCCCGAGCGCUUCAUGGGUAGUAACAAGGAUGUGAAAGGUCAGGACUUUGAUUUGCUGCCGUUCGGAACAGGAAGAAGAGGAUGCCCUGGGAUUUCCAUGGGUCUUUCUAUUAGUGAAUUGGCACUCGCUCAGUUGAUUCAUUGUUUUGAUUGGACUGUGGAGGGCGAGGUGGAUGUGGAGGAACAGUUUGGAAUAACUGUUCCCAGAAAAAAUCCACUGUUUGCCUGCCCUAAAUGGAGGCUCACCUCUCAAUAUCCUACUUAAGCAUGUACUCUGUGAUAGGUGUUAUUCUUAGGUUUAUAUAGUGAAGUGCUAGUUUUCAGUCACGUGAAGAGAUUUUUGAAAAAAAAUUAUGAUAU